CUCUCUCUCUCUCUCUCUCUCUCUCUCUUUGACAGUGCACAGAAAGAACAAGCUAAGCCAGCCAUGGUGUUUCCCACGGUGGUGGUCAAGCUAGCAGACUGGCUCCUCUACCAGCUUCUGGCCAACUCAUGUUACAGAGCUGCAAGGAAGAUGAGAACUUACGGCUUCCUCUUCAGAAACCCUUCUGCCAAAGCCCCACAACACCCUCAUUUCUUCCCCACCAUAGCCAAGUUCAACAACCUGGAGAAGGCCAGAGAAUCCCAGACCUUGGUCUGUGACAUCCAUGGCGCCUUACUAAAUCCCCACUCCUUCUUCCCUUUCUUCAUGCUGGUUGCCUUUGAAGGUGGCAGCAUCUUCAGGGCCCUUCUCUUGCUCCUAUCCUUUCCUAUUCUGUGGGUUCUGGACUAUGAGCUCAAGCUUAGAGCCAUGAUUUUCAUAACCUUUUGUGGGCUUAAGAAGAAAGACAUGGAGACCGUGGGGAGGGCAGUCUUGCCCAAGUUUUUCCUGGAAAAUCUCAACCUCAAGGCCUAUGAGGUCUUCUCUUCAGCAGGGUCUAGGGUUGUGUUCACAAGUGUUCCAAGAGUGAUGGUUGAGGCUUUUCUGAAAGAGUAUUUGGGUGUUGGCAAUGUCAUAGGCACCGAAUUGCACGGUGUCGGGGGCUACUUCACAGGGCUGCUUUCUGGGUCUGGUUUGGUUGUGAAGCACAGAGCUUUGAAGGAAUUCUUUGGAGAGAAGAAGCCUGAGAUUGGGCUUGGAACUUCCAGUCUUCAUGACCACCUCUUUAUCUCCCUUUGCAAGGAAGCCUAUGUGGUGAGCAGUGAAGGUGGUGCCAAUUCUGCAUCAUCAACAACAUUAAUGUCAAGAGAUAGAUAUCCAAAGCCUCUGGUUUUCCAUGACGGCCGCCUGGCCUUCCUCCCAACUCCAUUAGCCACUCUCUCCAUGUUCCUCUGGCUCCCUCUCGGCCUCUUCCUUGCCCUUCUCCGCCUCUUCGUUGGCAUCUUCUUGCCCUACAAGCUUGCCAUUCUUGUCGGCUCUCUCAGCGGGGUCAACAUCCGAAUCAAAAACCCGAACCCUAACCCCAACACCAACCCUAAUUCAAAAGGCGUUCUCUACGUUUGCUCCCACAGAACCCUACUAGAUCCGGUCUUCCUCAGCACGUCCCUCGGGAAGCCCUUGACGGCGGUGACCUACAGCCUGAGCAAGAUGUCGGAAUUCAUGGCUCCCAUUAGGACAGUCAGGUUAACAAGAGACAGGAAGCAAGAUGGAGAGACAAUGCAAAGACUGCUCAAGGAAGGCGACCUGGUGGUCUGUCCGGAAGGCACCACGUGCAGGGAGCCAUAUUUGCUGAGAUUCAGCUCUUUGUUUGCUGAGCUAACCGAUGAGAUCGUGCCGGUUGCCAUCAACACAAAAGUCACCAUGUUCUACGGGACUACUGCUUCUGGGCUCAAGUGCCUGGACCCCAUCUUCUUCCUGAUGAACCCUAACCCUAGCUACUAUGUUCAUAUUCUUGGGAAGGUGCCCAGAGAGAUGACUUGCGCUGGAGGGAAAUCGAGCUUCGAAGUGGCGAAUUAUAUACAGAGGCAGUUGGCCGAUGCUUUAGGGUUUGAGUGUACUAAUUUGACAAGAAGAGAUAAGUAUAUGAUGCUUGCUGGGAAUGAAGGGGUGGUCCAGGAGAAGAAGAGAAUGAAACCCUAAUUUGCAUAGAAGUUGCUGCAUUGU